GAGGAGGACGAGGAAGAGGAGGACAUGGAGGAGGAUAUGAUGGCACUUGAUAAUCCAUGUGAAAUAUUUGAAGUUGUUGGGGCUCCAUCACAGACAAUGCACCUAAUUUUUUUUUGUUAGUUGUUACUGGAAAGAGGUUGGAGAAUGGACUUGGUGACAGGGCAGAAGAUUGGGAUUGGUUCGGCUAUUGAUGGGCUCUACAGACUGCCUGUGCAGGUUGCGUCUGCUCUUAUUUCAGCCACUAGUGGACAAUUGUCAGGCAUGGAAGACAGAUCUACUAUUAUGCGAUGGCACGAGCGGCUUGGUCAUCUUCCGUUUCCGUUGAUUAAGAAGUUGUUUCUGAGUUUGUUUCAUUCUGUUUCCAUGGACUCCUUCACCUAUGAAGUGUGUCAGUUGGCUAAACAUGUUAGGGUCUCGUACCCUAUUUCUUUCAAUAAAACCACUCGUCCAUUUGCUUUGGUUCACUCUGAUGUUUGGGGUCCUUCGGGAGUACCUACUUGUCGUGGUUUUCAUUACUUUAUGACCCUUAUUGAUGAUUACUCCCGUUGUACGUUCGUGUACCUGUUGAAAGAACGUAGUGAAGUUCCCGUUAUUGUCAAAAACUUUGUGGCUUUUGUUGAGACUUAGUUUCAGACUUCUGUCCAAGCUUUUCGCACCGAUAAUGCUAGAGAGUAUGUCUCUCAAUCCCUAGAUGAUUUCUUGAAGAGCAAGGGUAUUGUUCAUGAAACGUCCUGUAGUUACACACCUCCCCAAAACGGCGUGGCUGAACGGAAGAAUCGCCAUUUACUUGAUGUUACCCGGGCUAUUAUGUUCCAUCGACAGGUUCCCAAGCGCUACUGGGGUGAUGCGCUUCUCACUAGUGCCCACCUUAUCAACCGUAUGCCUACCCGUGUGUUGCAGGGUCAUUCCCCGUACUCUAUGCUUUGGCCAACUCAGAAUCCCUGGCCUCUUACUCCUCGGGUGUUCGAGUGUGUCUGUUUUGUUCAUGUCCAUAGUCCCACCCUCAAGAAACUUGAUCCUCGGUCUAUCAAGGCUGUCUUCCUGGGGUAUUCCUCCACUCAGAAGGGAUACAAAUGCGUUGAUCCUACCACUUCUAAAGUCUAUGUUUCCCGGGAUGUUACUUUUGAUGAACAUGAGGCAUACUUUCAUGUGAAUCCUCUUCAGGGGGAGUAUCUAGGGAACAGUAGUGAAGAGUAUUCCUCAAAUCAAUUGAUUCAGUUUAUGGAUUUCUUGGCUAGUGAUAGUGUGGCAGACACAGUCAGAGAUGAUAGAGACUGUCACAUGGACGAGGGCCUUGUUGAUAAUCAGCCUACAGCCCGUGAUCAUUUGUUUGGCCAGGUGUACAAAAGGAAGAAGACAGAUGUGGUUGGAAAUGUUGAUGUAACCAAUCCCAAUCCUGUGAUUUCCCCGGAUGACCCAAGUCUAAUCAAUGAAGAGCUUCCUAUAGCCCUGCGCAAGGGCACCAGGUCUUGUACUUCUCAUCCAAUUCAGAGAUUUGUCUCUUAUGCGAAACUGAGUAAGAAUUACAAAUGCUUUAUUACAUCCUUGUCUAAGUCUGUUAUUCCCAGGUGUGUGGAAGAUGCUAGAGAGGAUCCUAAAUGGCUACAGGCCAUGACAGAGGAGAUGGAUGCCUUGGGAAGAAUGACACUUGGGAAGUUGUGGAUAUUCCCAAGGGGACUCAUUUAGUUGGUUCCAAGUGGGUGUUCAAUGUGAAGUACAAACCAGAUGGUACUGUGGAAAGGUAUAAGGCUCGCCUUGUUGCAAAGGGGUUCAGCCAGAAAUAUGGUAUUGAUUAUCUUGAAACCUUUGCCUCUGUUGCCAAACUGAAAACUGUGAGGGUCAUCUUAGCACUUGCCGUGCAAAAGAGGUGGAGCAUGGAUCAGCUUGAUGUUAAGAAUGCAUUCUUGAACGGCCAUCUAGAAGAAGAGGUCUACAUGAGCAUGCCUCCUGGAUAUGUUCAAAGCGGAAAAUGUUGUCAUCUCAAGAAAGCCUUGUAUGGAUUAAAGCAGUCUCCUAGAGCAUGGUUUGAAAGACUGAGGAUAGUGAUGAAGACGAAUGGAUACAAACAGGGAAAUUGUGAUCACACCCUGUUCAUUAAGCAGAGAGAUGGCCUGGUGAGUCUUCUUCUUGUGUAUGUUGAUGAUAUGAUAGUCACAGGUGACGAUGAAGAAGAGAAAAGGAAGAUGAAGGAGAGGUUAGCUGCUGAAUUUGAUCUUAAAGAUUUGGGUAAACUAAGGUACUUUCUGGGGAUAGAGAUUGCUCGGUCAGAGACAGGGCUGGUUAUAAGCCAAAGGAAAUACACUCUGGAUCUUUUAAAGGAGACAGGUAAACUUGGAUGUAGGCCCUUUCUGACUCCAAUGGAGUCUGGUACAAAGAUAAGCAUCAAAACUGGCAACAUCUUGGAUGAAGAAGGAAAAGGGCGGUAUCAGAGGCUGGUUGGUAAGCUCAUCUAUCUCACUCUUACUCGCCCUGAUAUUACUUAUGCGGUGAAUGUGUUGAGUCAGUUUAUGCAUGCUCCUACUGAUUGUCACUGGAAGAGUGCAGAAAGAGUGCUGGGGUACCUAAAGAAUAACCCAGGGAAAGGAUUGUUAUAUACUCAGCAAGACCAACUCAAUAUUGAAGGAUACUCUGACGCAGAUUGGGCAGGGUGCACUGAUACUAGAAGGUCUACCACAGGGUACUGCAUCCUUCUGGGGGGCAACCUGGUUGUAUGGAGAAGUAAAAGACAAGAAGUUUGCUCUAGAUCCAGUGCUGAGGCUGAAUACAGGGCUGUUGCCAUGGGGGUUACAGAAAUGUUAUGGUUAAAGAUUCUCCUAGCACAUAUUGGUGUUGAAACGGAAGAGAAGAUGAAGAUGUACUGCGACAAUAAGUCUGCAAUUAACCUUGCGAAUAAUCCCGUUUUGCAUGACAGAACUAAACAUGUGGAGAUUGAUCGCCACUUCAUACGAGAACGCAUAGAUUCAAAGGAGUUGAUCCUACCUUAUAUGAAGUCUGAAGAUCAAAUUGCAGAUGUUCUAACCAAAGCCUUAUGUACAUCUCAAUUCGAGAAAAAUGUGAGCAAGCUUUGCAUGUUUGACAUGUAUGCCAAGCUUGAGGGGAGUGUUAACAUAUCGUGUAUAGGGAACCGGGUCUGGAUAUAGACCCGGUCCCAUGGGCACGGGUACCGAGAGUGGCUCGGUACCCUAGGCGGGUCUCCCUCUUAUAUAAUCCCACUUAUGGUGUAAUUGUUGAUUUAGUGGAAUAACAUUUUCUCUCUCCUAAGGUUGCGGUUGUGCCCCUAGGUUAGAGCUUCUCCGUGGUUUUUCACCUCUCUUUGAGGUUUUCCACGUAUAUUGUGUGUUUCUUCUCUUUCUCCCUAUCUUGUUAUGUGUUUCUACAAAACAUAAAGCAAAAAGGGGCCGUCGGACCCCUUUUUAUGUUUUUCCCCGUAUUGUACAUACGUGGGUAUAUCACCCGUAUCGUACGAUACAGGCGACACGCUUACGACACAUGAGCAUACCGUAUAGAUUUUCUAAACUUAUAUAGUAUGUAUCAUACGACACGUGUGCCUAUCAUGCGAUACAUAUAACACUGCUUUGAAGCUUUCACCACACGUCAAGUCUGGGUGACUUGAUUUGCUACACAUCAAUGCUUUAGUGUCUAAAUUUUCCUAAUUUCUGUUCCUUGAAUUUUGUGAAAUGUAGAGUUGAGUCAUUAACACUCAACAACAUGUUCUGUCCACAGAAAAAUUUUUAAAUUCAUAUGCCAAUUACAAUGUGUGGUGAGAUUGUGUUGCUGACUCUUUUCCUACAAAACAGUAAGAAAUAGGAAGCUAUGGGUGGCCAUUGUAUUUCAUUAAAUUUCUCCUUUGACCCAACCAAUGGAAAACAUAUCACAUUUUUUAGAGGACUAAAUGUAUUUGUCAAAUUGGACUAAACCUAGGGUGUAUAAUGCAACUAAAGACUUUCUUUUAUUUGGUCUUAAGUUUGAUUGUGUGACUAUGAAAAGAUCUAAGUUAACCAUCAAAUUAAACAAGACUAUGGUGUCUGGUAUCCUUGAUUAGGUGAGGCCAGCAUUCCACUAGCCUACUAUAAUGAAAACUGCCUUAGGCAUACAGUUACUAAGCAAUUUCUUGUAUUCCUUGCCUCUUGUUCGCACUCCUUAUGCCUUCACCCAUGCAAGAAACUUGGUUCACUUGUCCAUGUUGACUAUUUCACCCCCCUCACUCCUUUCUCACUCAUGAAACUUGGAAGAGUUCUUACUCCAAUAAUGAAAUGUAGACUGGCUUGAUUAUUAGGGUGAAGUGGGCACUACAGCCAGAAACCUCUUUCCGUUUAUGCCUACUGCUAGUUGUAUGCACAUUUAUAAUGGACUAGUGCCCUCCUGUCCCACUAAGCGUUGAUUACUGAUAGAUAAAAAAUCCUCUCUCUUUCUAAUUUCAUGGUUGAUGGAUCUGCGCACCAUAGGUGAAGAAAGAAAUGCCUAUUGCUCAUGCUGGUUACUGUUGCAGCAUGGAACCCAAUUCAUUU